AUGGCCCGCGGCGACCUGACCUUCAAGCUGCUCCCGUUGCACGAGAAGUAUGGGCCAGUGGUCCGCAUCGCCCCGGAUGAGCUCUCCUUCACCCACCCCGACGCGUGGAAGGACAUCUACGGCCACCGCGUCGGCAAGAACCAUAACUUCCUCGAGCUGCCCAAGGCUGGACGGUUCUAUCGGACGCGAGGCACCCUUCCCAACAUUAUCAGCGAGGAAGACCGCACCCACCAUGGUCCAGUGAGACGGGUACUGAGUCACGGCUUCAGCGACCAGAACCUAAGAGCGCGGGAGUCUGUGAUCACUGGUUAUGCCGACACUUUGAUAAAACAGCUGAGAAGGCUUUCAAUGCCACCAUCGGAUGAUGAGAUUUCAUUUCCGGGAGAGAAGGCUUCUGUGGACAUGACAGCAUGGUACAACUGGGUAACGGUCGACAUCAUCAGCCACCUGACUUUUGGGGAGCCAUCUGGAUGUCUGGAGCAUGCUGAGCGAGACCCCUGGGUCGGUGCCAUGAAUAGCACUGUUCUUGAUUUCAUCUCCCUUCAGAUCUUGGCCUACUUGGGGCUUGGUGGAUUCCUGAACCGACUCGUGAGGGCCUUCAUGAAUACCAACCGCAAACAUCUGAAUAUGGCAGAGCCAGAUCUUGUAGAAAAGAUAUUGCAGAAGAUGGAUGCCUGGAACCUGUCGGACGAUGAGAUCCUCGGGAACUCAGCCGCUCUACUGAUCGCCGGCUCUGAAACCACAGCGACCCUACUGACCGGUCUGACCUACCUCUUAUGCAAGCACCCUGAGGCAAUGGUCAAGCUGAAGCGGGAGGUCCGAUCGAAGUUCAUGUCGGACUCAGAAAUCACACUCACCUCAGUCCUCGAGCUGAAGUACCUACUCGCCUGCCUGGACGAGGCCCUGCGCCUCUACCCACCUGUUCCCAUCGGGCCACUUCGGACCGUUCCCGCGGGAUCGGGCGGCGUCACGAUCGCCGGCCACAUGGUACCCGGAGGGACAGACGUGGCUGUGUGGCACUGGCCCAUGUUCCAUUACUCGAAGCACUGGGAGAAGCCCAUGGAGUACCGACCAGUGCGAUUCCUACAGGAGACUCCCGGAGGGCCUCGCUUUGCUGGAGACAUGAGAUACAACAAUUCGAAUGGUGCACAUUCGGACGACCGCCUCGAUCUACUGCAGCCCUUCAAUAUAGGCCCGCGAAACUGCUUGGGAAGAGCCCUAGCAUAUUCAGAGAUGCGCCUGGUUCUGGCACGCAUGAUCUUCAAUUUCGACAUCGAGCUGGCAGAGCCUGAGCAUGACUGGAUGGAGAAGCAGAGGGCCGACUUCCUGUGGCACAAAGGGCCGUUGCAUGUGCAUCUGAACCCUGUUAAUGUUUGA